AUGGAUGGUGCACGCCCAAUAGAACAGUACCAUCGCCACCAUCAUCACCCUCCUCUUCCUCCUCUCCCAGAAGAAGGCAGCGAAAAUAGCAAUGGCGGCACCACCAAGAGCAGGAGGGGGAAGGGCAAAGGGGGACCCGAUAAUAGCAAGUUCCGGUAUCGAGGCGUCCGGCAGCGGAGCUGGGGCAAGUGGGUGGCCGAGAUCAGAGAACCGCGGAAGCGAACUCGCAAGUGGCUCGGCACCUUCUCCACCGCCGACGAUGCCGCCAGGGCCUAUGACCGCGCCGCCCUUCUCCUGUAUGGCUCCCGGGCCCAGCUUAAUCUCCAGCCCUCGGCGUCGUCUUCUUCCCAGGGCGGCGGCGCCAGCGGCGGAGGUUCCUCCAUGACAACUCUGAGACCUCUCCUUCCUCGCCCAUCUGGGUUCCCUUUCCCCGUUGUUGCCUCCACGUACCCUCUCUUCUCGACGGCAGCCUCCAGUCUUUUCUGCCCUCCUCAACAUCUUCUUCAUCAACAUCAACAUCAACAUCAACAUCAACAGCAACAACAUCAUCAACAGCUGCAGGAACAACAGCGAGAAAUCGCAGAAGAAGUCGCGGAUGAGGAACCGGGUUCACUCCCCCACGCGCACCGUCUGGCUGCCAGCAUGUAUGAGGAGAUCGGCUCCCUCGCUGGAUCCGUUAGCUCCAGUCUCUCCAUCUCUUGUCCGCCGCCGGCUGACUCCUCGUCAUCCACGUCACUGGCUGCGCCGCAGUUCGAGACACCAGAUGACAUCUUCCUGCAUCAGCACGACGGACCCGUGUCGCCGGCGGCAUGGCCGUACGUCGGUGCAGACUACUGUCUGUGGGAUGAUGCUGACCCUUUCUUCUUCGACAUAUCGUUAAGCGAAGGAAUGGGUGGAAGAGGAGGAUUCUGA